UAACAAACCGAAUGCGGAAGUUAAGCGGAACUGACGUAAUCGUCGUCUCAUCUUGAACCAUGCUUGAAUGGAGGUGACCUUAGUUAUUAUCAAAUUGUAAAGUAAAGAAACCUGGAGACAGCUUUGCCGUAGACAGCGCAGUAUACCGUGUCAGUCCGGUCUAGAUACUAAACUUGUCUUGAAUAUUAGCGAAGACUGCGGAGUGAGCAGGACGAACAGAGAUGGCCGAGGCACAUCAGGCACGCAUGCAGACUGUGGUGGAAGAAAUGGUCCAAAGCCUAGAGAGGGACCACAUCCGUAAAAUGCAGGGUCGCAUGUUCAGCUGCAGUGCAGAGUGCUGUGAUCGCUCCACAGACUCCAUGUCUCAGGUGCAUCAGUGUAUCGAGAGGUGUCACACUCCUCUGGCCAGAGCUCAGGGACUGGUCACUUCAGAGCUGGAGAAGUUUCAGGACCGUCUGACCAGAUGCACGAUGCACUGCAACGAUAAGGCGAAGGAUCUCUUUGACUCCGGCGCCAAGGAGCCAGCUGUUCGAUCACUGAUGGAAGGCUGUGUGGGCAGCUGUGUGGACGACCACGUUAACCUGAUCCCCAGCAUGACCCGAAGACUCAAAGAGAAUUUGGACUCUAUACAGCAGUGAGGAGCAGGACGGGUUGCUGUAUUACGUCCUGGAGAGAGACAGCCGGAGUACAUUACACACACAUACAGCACUCAGCCAGUUUGACCAGUAACGACUGAAGAAUUAGAGGGCUGGAACACCAUGAAAGGGUGGGGAGAGUGAAGUUUAAAAUGGAUUAUGUGAUGCAAGAGUUUUGAAGUUUUAGAGUCUGUGACUCUGAAUGUUGGUGUUGUGGAAAUUUAAAACUGCUCACUAUGACAUUUGUUAUUGUACUAUGUGUAAUCUACAAACAGUAACCUCCCCGGAGACUGGGAGCUGACGACGAGAAAUAAAUCAAGCGAUGCAUCUGGUGUCGUGUCAUUGCACGUGGCCAAGAUACCAGCUUAAAAAUGCUUUUAAAGAGACCUGUUAAGUGAAUUUUUAUUACACCAUCAUGAUUCACUUGUGCAUCUAUUCAUGCAUAAAGAUUUGAAUGUCCUCAACUCUUCUCAGCCAUAUUUCAUUUCUGAAGUUUCUCUCCAGUAUGAGCCCUCUCAUCCCUCAUUUCUUUUUUUGUCAUUUUAUUGUUGUUGAGUUGUUCUGUGAUUGUCUGACCUUCAUGGUGAGAUACGUUUAUAUAUCUGGAUUAAAAGUACUGUAGAUGUA